AUGUAUUAUAGUUUGCUGGUCUUCCCAGUUCUUCUGGCGGUGGUGACGGCGGGUCGGUCACCACAUGCUGAUCUGGUGGAUAAACUGGAGAGAAGCCCGGAAGGCGGGAGAUAUUCUUCCAAUGUUUUUGAAGACGGCAGGCUUGAUUUGGAAAGCGUGAUCAGAAAGUACCAGUACCCCUACGAAUCCCACCACGUAUUAACGGAAGAUGGAUAUAUCCUCGGAGCCGUCCGUAUCCCCCAUGGGAGGGAUCAGAACAACCAGCCGGGGUCUAAGCCUGUGGUUCUGAUAUUGCACGGUCUUCUCUCUUCUAGUGCUGAUUUUGUGCUCUUGGGACCUGGUCAUGCUUUAUCUUACAUGCUUGCCGAAGAAGGUUACGACGUGUGGCUUCUAAACUCUCGUGGCAACUUCCACUCCAGAAAUCACACGACUUUGGACCCUAACAGGCGAGGGGACCCCUCCUUCUGGGCGUUCAGUUGGGAAGAAAUGGGCCGUUUCGACCUUCCAGCGUACAUCGAUUACAUCUUAGAGGUCACGGGACAAGAGAAAGUCCAUUUCAUUGGCCAUUCCCAAGGAGCAACUUCAUUCUUAACCGGCAUGUCGUUGAGACCUGAAUAUAAUGAGAAGAUCAUCUCCUUCCAAGGUUUAGCUCCUGCAGCUUUCUUUUACAAUAAUAGGAAUCCGGUCUUUCUUAAUAUUGCUCCUUUUGAAAGGGUUUUAGAAGUAAGUGAAUUAAAUUUUAUACUAAUCUUACCUAAAGAAAUCCAUUGCCGAAUUGUAGGGAAACAGUCGCUCGCUGGUCAGCUAGGCAUCUACGAAAUCUUGGGUAGGAACGACUUGCUCACACCAUUGCUCAUGCAAGUGUGCCGUGACGGGAUAUUCACACAAACGCUCUGCAAGCUGCUCGUCCAAUACGACCGGAAUGAUGGGAUUUUCAACACGAAAUUUCAGACGAUGUUCCCAGCAUUCCUCGGGCAUGCCCCGUCUGGCUCAUCAAUACGUCAACUCACGCACUACGGCCAAAACAUCAGAUUCGGCACUUUCAGCCGUUUCCACUAUGGUCACAUCCAGAACUUGAUCACCUACGGUAGAGUCAACCCUCCCCCCUUCAACUUGAAUCUAAUAACAGCUAGAUCGUACUUACACUAUGCUCUCAGUGAUUUCGAAGCUGACUAUAGGGACGUUUUGCUGCUAGAAGAGCUGCUGCCGAAUGCAAGAGCCAUUCAAGUGCCGAGGGCUGGCUUCACUCAUAUAGAGUUUAUUUGGGGUAUGGAUGCUAGGGAACAAGUGUAUGAAACGGCUCUUCAAAUGAUGAGGGAGGCUGAGAGUUUACAAUAAACGUGUUUUCUAGUUUUUAAUUG